GCCGAUCCUACGUGAGGUACCGACGCGCGUUCAUCACCGGAUCCAAGCGGAAGAAAACUCCGACAAUCAGGAAAUACCAUUCAAACUCUCCGUAGCGGGUUCUCUCUCCGUCACACCGAUAUUUACCGCCUAGAAAACUUUUUGCGAUCUGAGGGCAGAGAUGAGGGUGGUAAACAGCCUGACCGAACCGUAAGUCCACUAACGAAGCGUUUAAAACCGCGAGGAACAGCCUCGGGAUAUCAUUAUUAUCCUCAUAAUCAUCAAAAGCACCAUCACGGUCCGGUUUGCGUUGACCGACUCCACCACACACUGAAAUGCUGGCGGGUCUGAGCGAGCUGUUCUGGCAGGAGUGUCUGUGGUUCCCCGAGGGUCUGGGUUGGGCUGAUCUAGAGGACCGGGACGGACGGGUCUAUGCUAAAGCUCGUGACCUGUGGGUGGCGCUGCCCAUCGCUCUGCUGUUUCUGCUCAUACGACAGCUCUUCGAGAAAUAUGUUGCUACACCGCUGGCCUCUCUGCUGGGCCUGAAGGAAACGGUGAGACGGAGAGUUGUGCACAAUCCAGCACUGGAGUCCUACUAUAGCAACACAAGCAAAAUCCCCACACAGAGUUCAGUGGAGAAGCUGUGCAAGCAGACGGGAUGGACAGAGCGGCAGGUCCAGCGCUGGUUCAGACGCCGCAGAAAUCACGACAGACCAAACCUGCUGAAGAAGUUCUGCGAGGCCAGCUGGAGAUUCGCCUUUUAUCUUCUGGCCUUCAUUGGUGGUCUUGCUGCAUUAAUAGAUAAACCCUGGUUAUAUGAUUUAGAAGAGAUGUGGAAAGGGUUUCCCACUCUGACACUCCUACCGUCUCAGUACUGGUACUACAUGCUGGAACUGGCCUUUUACACCUCUCUCCUGUUCAGCGUGGCGUCGGACGUCAAGCGCAAGGACUUUAAAGAGCAGAUCAUCCAUCACGUGGCCACGAUACUGCUGAUCAGCUUCUCCUGGUGUGUGAACUACAUCCGAGCCGGAACGCUCAUCAUGUUCAUGCACGACUCCGCCGACUAUCUGCUGGAGUCUGCUAAGAUGUUUAACUACGCCCGAUGGAAGAACGCAUGCGACUACAUCUUCAUCCUGUUUGCUGCCAUUUUCAUCGUCACACGCCUCAUCAUCUUCCCUUUCCGGAUCAUGUACUGUACAUGGGUGUAUCCCGUGACGCUGUACCCUCCGUUCUUCGGAUAUUACUUCUUUAACGGUCUCCUGAUGGUUCUGCUGUGUCUGCACAUGUUCUGGGCUGCACUGAUCAUCCGCCUGGCCUUCCGCUUCCUCAGCAGCAAUUCUUCGGUGGAGGACGAGCGAUCAGAUCGAGAUGAGACGGACGAGUCUGAGGAGGAAGAAGAGAUGAAGAACGGAGAGAUAAAGAAGAACGGACCAGCUCAGAACGGCCACGCCGCAUACAACAACAACCACUCGAAAACAGAGUGACGUCCUGAGAGAAACACACUCACAGUCACUGAGAUCCGUCAUCUCCUGAGGCAGAACACUGAGAGCUGAUCACAGUUCAUGAGUAGAGAGGUGCUGUGUACACUACACACACAUUUACACACACACACACACAUACAUACAUGCAUACAAA